AUAGAACAUAGAGGUCUCAGCUACUCAGCUCUCGCAGCUCUCAGACGAGAACCCCAGCUCUGGGUCUCGGCAGUAUGAAUGCACUUACCCUAUGUCACCAUAACUAUAAUAUUCAUAUCAAUAGCCACCAUCAUUUCUCAGCGUCGGCGAAGCCCAAUUGGCCCAAAUUGUUGUCAGUUCCUCAUCCCCGAAACCAUGGCACUAGUACAAGGCCUUCGUCCCUGCUAAUCGAGACGGUGGAAGGCCAAGUUGCCGCUGAUUCCGAGCAAGCUCCUUCAUCCGUUGCUCGUCGUCUCAUUCUGCUUCGUCAUGCCAAGAGUUCCUGGGAAGACCCCUCGCUAAAAGAUCAUGAUCGACCCCUGAGUGAAAAAGGACAAGCGGAUGCUGUCGAAAUCUCUCACAAGCUCCAACAGUUGGGCUGGGUUCCUCAGCUUAUUUUAUCCAGCAAUGCACUGCGAACCAGGGAGACUCUUAGAAUAAUGCAGCAACAAGUGAAAGGCUUCUUGGAAGCUGAGGUCCAUUACUUUUCCAGCUUUUAUUCCAUUGCCGCCAUGGAUGGGCAGACUGCUGAGCACCUUCAACGUAUUAUCUGCAACUAUUCAAGGGAUGACAUACUCACGGUCAUGUGUAUGGGACAUAAUAGGGGUUGGGAGGAGGCAGCAUCAAUGUUGACAGGUGCCUCCAUAGAACUGAAGACUUGCAACGCUGCUUUGCUUGAAACUACUGGGAAAUCUUGGGAUGAGGCAUUUGCUUUGGCAGGACAUGGGGGGUGGAAACUGCAAGGCAUUGUGAAACCAAGUUAGCCUAUAAGAGCCCCGACUUCUAACACAUUCAUACUAGUAGAAACUUUGCAAGGUAGGCAGGAGCCAGGAAGCACGGUUGCCAUCUGAUACGGAAGUUAUCCACGGUGGCUUUUCAGUGGCCAAAGAUUGUUACAUUUGUUAACGAUAAAAGUUUUGUG